UGAUUGUGGCCUACGUCUUUACUUUAGAGCUUUGAGAACAGGUCUGUGAAGUGUGAACUGUGAAGAAAUCGGCAAAAAAGAAAAAAACUGCUGGAUUUUUCUAACUUGUAGCACUUACCUAUUAACUGUAGUUUAAUAAUACUCUUUGAUCAUCUAUACAUAAACAGGCAGAAUGUGUGGCCAGUAGGAUCAGAAGCAGGAGGAAGUAGUUGUUCAAGCACAAGAAGAAUUGCUAAUAUGCCUAAGUAGUUAACUGUUGUCUAUAAAAUACUGGAGAUAGGUACAAAAUAAAUUGUUCUUAAAAAUAAGUAGGCCUUGAAAUUACUUUUUUAUAGAAAUAUCUGUAUUAUAACCACAAUAGUAUUUAUUAUAAAUAUCAUCAUCUAGACAGAAAUAUGUUUGUGUUUGAAGAUAAAUCAAAUGAACAUAGCCCACAAACUUUUUCAUUUGCAAGACAUCUUAGAGGUAUUUGGGAUGAAAUACAUGUGAAAACUGAAGUAUUUAGAUAUAAGGUAGACAAUUUAAAGCAAAAGAUUGAAGGUCCCUAUGUAUUGCAAUAUAAUCCCUAUAGAAAUGCCAAGAGGAGACCACCAGAAGAGAUAAAAGAUGUUUGCCAAGGAUUUGAUAAAAAUAAAUUUAACUUCUGCAAAGCAACACCAGAGGAAGUCAUAAUUCAGUUUUGGAGGGAGAACAAAACUGAUGAUGUCCACAAAGUACUAGUAAAUGUGAGUCCAAUAAAUCAUUACCAUUCUUUACUGUGUCCAUCUGUGAACAAGAUGCUUCCCCAAAUGGUGACUCCGGAAAGCCUUCAAUUAAUACUAGAUUUAUAUGCCAUGGCUGGGGAUCGGGAUUUAAGAAUUGGCUUCAACAGCUUAUGCGCUAUGGCAUCAGUUAAUCAUUUACAUUACCAUUUGUUUUUUGUGAGCCAGAAUUUACCAGUGGAGGCAGUGAAAUGCAAGAACAUCAAAGGCCCUAUCUGGGUCACUCAAAACUACCCAAUACCAGGAUUUUGUUUUGAAAUAAGCACAAGUGCAAUGGAAAUGUAUAAAGUGAUAGAUUAUUUCUUGAAAAAAUCAAUAGCACAUAACAUUAUGGUCACUAGAGGGCGCUGUUUUGAAAGUGAUUUAGACACAGCUAGAGUCCUGAUAUGGCCGAGGAAAAGUAGCUCUGGUGCCAAACAAUUGACUGAAAUGAAUGCAGGUGUAUGUGAGCUGAGUGGAUGGUUCCCUAUACAUAGUAAUGAAGAUUAUGAAAAUAUUGAUAUCAAAAGCUUGGAAACGGAACUAUGCAAAUGGAAGUUAGAAGACUUUGAUCAGUUAUGUCAAGAUAUCAAGCUCUUAUUUUAAUUUUUAAUACACAAUAAAAUAUCACAAACAAUGUAA